AUGUCUGCUGCAUAUCAUCAACAAAUAGAUGGACAAUUUGAAGUGGUUAAUAGAUGCUUGGAAACAUAUUUACAAUGCAUGACGACUACUCCUUAUGAGGUUGUUUAUGGACAACAUGCCCCAAUUCACAGACCAUAUCUUACUGGGGACUCUAAAGUCGAUGAAGUUGAUAGAAGUCUUCAGCAACAAUUUGUCCUUCAUAAACAUUCUUUCAAGCUGUAUGUUCGUUAUUAUGGUCCUUACAAGGUGCUCAAAAAGAUUGGCCCUAUCGUUUAUAAAUUGGACUUGCCCACUGGUGCAAAAGCUCAUCCUAUUUUCUCUGUGUUUAAGUUAAAGAAAUACAAUGGAAGGGUACCAACUCAAACUAAUCUUUCUUUGAUGGAUGCAGAUGGUAUUUUAGCAAAGGAGCCAAUAGCUAUAUUGGAUAAGAGGUUGAACAAGAAAAAGGGUUGA